UUACAUAGCCCCUGGUAACCCUGUUAUUUCUGAUUUUCUUCAGCCAUUCUUAAAACUUAAAAAAAAAAAAAAAAUCAUUUAAACAUUUAAAUACAAGACCAGUCCCACAUUCUAACAGUCAUUUAGAUAAAUAAAAUGUUCAGUGUACAAAGCAAUAUUUCAAACUUGUUUUAAAAACUUCUCCCCCCUACUGGAAGUGUACAGCAUGAAAGAGUACAUGAUCAGUUUCUUCUCUAAUUCCCCAACCUCUAUUUUGUCUCUUCUUCCCCCGCUCUAGGUGGGUAGUCUCCAGCUUGAAUGGACUGAGAACUGGGAAUGGGAAGAGAAGUCAGGGACAAGAAGAAGCUGACAUGGCUGGUACCUUUAUAGUUUAGUAUAAGACAUCUCUUGCCUUCCGAGAGAACUCCUUACUGGGUGCCUCCAGAUACGCCUCCCGUCUCAUGAACGUAGGUUACUGCGUGCUUCCUCUGGGCAUGCAGUGGCCCACUGCUCUGCCCUACCUUCUUAGGAACCACUCCUUUUCUAAAGAGGAGCUCAAAGGAGGACUGCUCAUCUCUUGCAAAUCUCAGAAUGGCUCAGGUGAGGAGGAGUGGCAGCAUCUGGAUCCUGCUCAGAAGACUCUCUACAUGGAUGUCAUGUUGGAAAACUAUUGCCACCUUGUCUCUGUGGGGUGUCAUAUGACUAAGCCCGAUGUGAUCCUCAAGUUGGAACGAGGAGAAGAGCCAUGGACAUCAUUUGCAGGGCAUGGCUGUUUAGAAGAAAAUUGGAAAGCUGAAGACUUUCUAGUGAAAUUCAAGGAACACCAAGAUAAGUAUUCUAGAUCAGUUGUAUUCCUCAACCACAAAAAACUGAUUAAGGAAAAAGGUAAUAUAUACAAAAAGACAUUUAUUGUAGGCAAAAACCUUGUUAAGUCAAAAAAUAUACCUCCUGAAUAUCAUACCCAUGGAACAAUUUUGAAAAAUGUUUCAGAAUUAAUCAUCAAUAAUCUAAACCCUGUAAGAAAGAGACUUGUUGAGUGUAACAUAUAUGGGAAAUCACUCCUUAAUACUAAGCAAGAAACAGCUCAUUCUGGAGUCAGAUCCCAUAAUCAGAAUGGGAGAGCUGUCACUCAUAACGAAGUGCUUAAUCAGUACCAGAAGAUGGAAACGCCGGCACAGUCCUUUAGAUAUAAUGACUGUGAGAAAUCCUUCCUUAAAAAGGGAAGCUUAAUUACACAUAACAGAACAUACAGAGCGGAAAACCCAUCUGAAUAUAAUAAAAGGAGAAGAGGAACCAAUAUUGAAAAAAAACAUACAUGCACUGAAUGUGGGAAAUCCUUCUGCAGGAAGUCAGUGUUGAUUCUUCAUCAGGGAAUUCACACAGAGGAAAAACCUUACCAAUGUCAUCAGUGUGGAAAUGCAUUUAGGAGGAAGUCAUAUCUCAUUGAUCAUCAGAGAACUCACACAGGAGAGAAGCCCUUUGUUUGUAAUGAAUGUGGUAAGUCUUUCCGCCUAAAGACGGCUCUCACUGAUCAUCAGAGAACACAUACAGGUGAGAAAUCUUAUGAAUGUGUGCAGUGUAGGAACACCUUCAGAUUGAAAUCACACCUCAUUCGUCAUCAGAGGACUCACACAGGAGAGAAACCAUAUAAAUGUAAUGAAUGUGGGAAGUCCUUCCGCCAAAAGACAACCCUGUCUCUACACCAGAGAAUUCAUACAGGAGAGAAACCCUAUAUUUGUAAAGAAUGUGGGAAGUCCUUUCACCAGAAGGCAAAUCUUACUGUCCAUCAGAGAACUCAUACAGGGGAGAAGCCCUAUAUUUGUAAUGAAUGUGGGAAGUCCUUUUCUCAGAAGACAACCCUUGCUCUUCAUGAGAAAACUCAUAAUGAGGAGAAACCCUAUAUUUGUAAUGAAUGUGGAAAGUCUUUCCGCCAGAAGACAACACUCGUAGCACAUCAGAGAACGCAUACAGGGGAGAAAUCUUAUGAAUGUCCUCACUGUGGAAAGGCCUUUAGAAUGAAGUCAUACCUCAUCGAUCAUCACAGAACUCACACAGGAGAGAAACCAUACGAAUGUAAUGAAUGUGGGAAAUCCUUCAGUCAGAAGACUAAUCUCAAUCUACAUCAGAGAAUUCAUACAGGGGAGAAACCCUAUAUUUGUAAUGAAUGUGGGAAGUCCUUUCGCCAGAAAGCUACUCUCACUGUACAUCAGAAAAUACAUACAGGGCAGAAAUCCUAUGAAUGUCCUCAGUGUGGAAAAGCCUUUAGCAGGAAGUCAUAUCUCAUUCAUCAUCAAAGAACUCACACAGGAGAGAAACCAUAUAAAUGUAAUGAAUGUGGGAAGUGCUUCCGCCAGAAGACAAAUCUCAUUGUACAUCAAAGAACUCACACAGGGGAGAAACCCUAUAUUUGUAAUGAGUGUGGUAAAUCCUUCAGUUAUAAGAGAAACCUCAUUGUCCAUCAGAGAACUCACAAGGGAGAAAACAUGGAAAUUCAUUAAAUGAUGAAUUUGAAGCCUUUCCAAGUCAUUGUAAACCUUUGCUUUUAAAGAAAAGCAUGCUUACACAUUUUAAUCCAAUUUUAAUUCCAAGUGUUAUUGUCAUCAAUUUAAACCAUGCACUUAUGUACUUGCUCACUAGCAUAUAAAAUCGAUAUGACCCAUCAUUAUUGAACUGCCAGCAAUGAAGCUAUUUUUUAAGUUUUCAACUGUUCCUGCUGAAUUAGAUAGUUCAUUAAAAAAAACUUAUGUAAUAUAUACAGAAGCAAGAUACAAAUGGGUUAUAAGCACCAGUAUACCUAAGAGAAAGAAAAUAUCUAUGAAUUCUGUUUCUCACUGCAUUAUGUGGAAUAAAAAUGAGUUAUCUGUUACCUCCCCAAAGAUAGUCACAACCCUGCCUUAUAAUAUCAUAGAGUAGUUUUUGCAUGUUUUAAACUAUGUAUAUUUUAUCAUACAUCAAUUCUUUUGUGUUUUGCUUAUUUCAGUCUAUUUUUGAUUCAUACAUUAUUGCAUGUGGCAGUAGUGUCCAUCUUCAUUCAUAUGCUACUUCAUUUAAAGAAUAUAUCACUAUUCUGUUGGUGCAUAUUUAUAUUUUUUACAUUUUUGUGUUAUAAUAAAAAUACUGCUAUGACUAUACUUGCAUAUGUCAUGGGUAUAUGUGUUUGUAUGUAUGUCUGGUAGUUUUAUACCUAGGACUAGAAUUACUCAGUUUUAGAGUAUGUGUAAGUUUUUUCAGCUAUAGUAGAUUCUGCCAAACAUCUCAUACAUUUCUCAACAUGAGGCAAUUCACUUUGGAGAGAAACAAAUCUAAAUGUAAUCAAUAUGGAAAGGUCUUUUCCAGUGAUUCAAACUAGAGAAUUCCUACUAAAAAGGAACCUUAUGUUAUAAUUGCGAGAAGGCCUUUAAUAAGGAUAUGCUAAUUAAUAAAUGUAGACAGGCCUUUAGCUGUGGCCUUUAGCUUUAGGUAUGAGUCCCAAUAGAUGUAUGAAAAUAUUUUCUAUAUUAAAUACCUUUUAUAGCUUGGUCUAUCUCACAGGAUAUGUAUGUCUUUGAAAAUCCCAAAUAAAAAAUCAUUGGCAAGAUUUUGGUAUUUGAGAAUUGGAAAUCUGCUAAAACAAUAACUACUGUAUCUUUUUUUGGAGAAUGAUAAGUUCGGCAGCAACUUGAGCAGUGUUAUUGAAGGCCCUUCUUGAGGAGCAUUAUUCAAAACCAACAUUCACUACAUGUAUCAUUGUAGUGAAUAACCAUUAAUCAUUGUGCACAAUAAAAUACAAUGGAGAUUUAAAUAAGAUUAUUUUCAGUUGAGUGGACCUAUAAACCAAAUCUAAGUAGUCAGGAAGAAAGGUUCAUGGUACAAAUAUUCCACAGGCCCUCUAGCCUAUAAAAAUGGAUAACAAUCAUCAAUUAAUAGUAAAUGGAAACAAGCUUGUCCAUAUUGGGCUUACAGAUAAUUUCAGCAAAAAAAAAAAUGGUAGGUGAUGAGGAAAAACAGACAUAAUAAUUUAGACUUUAGAAAAGGGCUAAGCAUAGGGCCAAGUAUAUGAUGCCUUGUCUGAGUGAACAGAAUU